CCAUCAUCAAACUAACUUGCUCAACUCUCAAUACCUGUUCCUGAGAAUCUAAGCUUUCAGUUUCUGUCGAACAUUAACUCCCAAGUAAUGGCGGCUGCUUCAUCAUCAUCUGUUUAUCACUCAAUCUUGUCUAACCAUGUCACUGGCCGUGUCCAAAGCCAACCACGAAGACAUGCUAGGUUUAGCGUUCGUUGCAUGGCCGAUGCGAAACAGCCACAGCAACCAUCAUCAACACCCAUGACAACCAGUAGUAGUACUACUCCACCACCGGCAACACAAGCUCCAAUGGCAACUCCUACUUUUCCACCACCACAGGCUGCACCUAAGAAGAUGAGCACGAAAUUCACAGAUUUAUUAGCAUUCAGUGGACCAGCACCAGAGAGAAUUAACGGCAGGCUUGCCAUGAUAGGCUUUGUUGCUGCCAUGGGAGUCGAGCUUGCUAGAGGAACUGACGUUGCCGCACAAUUGACCGAAGGAGGCCUUCCAUGGUUCAUUGGGACUAGUGUUGUGCUAUCUUUGGCUUCCCUUAUCCCAUUGUCUAAAGGUGUCAGCGUUGAAUCCAAAUCCGACGGGGUAAUGACAUCUAAGGCCGAGUUGUGGAAUGGUAGAUUCGCCAUGUUAGGUUUGGUUGCUCUGGUAUUUACCGAGUUUGUCAAGGGUGGGGCGCUUGUUUAACCACACAAUUGUUUCAUUGUAAUGCUUUUGUAGACCUCACUAAAAAUUCAAUGAUAGUGUAUUUAGAUUUUAGAACUUCAAUAUAACUUCCUGUGCGACUACUUUUUUUUUUUGAA